AUGCAUCAUGAUGAUGUGCCCAACGAGAAUGUUCCAUUGCUGAAAGAUGAGCAACGAACACAGCCGUAUGUGGAGCAAAAUGAUGGAGCAGAGGCUGCGCACCGUGGAAGCGCAACAGUGACAUGUCGUGUUUGUGAAGAGCAAAUUGAGCUGAAUGGCCGCGAUUCCCAACACGUCGUUAAGUGUAGCGCUUGUCAUGAAGCUACGCCUAUUCGUCCGGCCCCUGCUGGCAAGAAGUACGUUCGUUGUCCAUGUAAUUGCCUACUUAUUUGUAAAGCUGCAUCGACGCGUAUUGCUUGUCCCCGUGGGAAUUGUCGACGUGUCAUAACACUUGGUCAUCGCGAACCUCAAGGUAGUGCUAUACGGGCCCCGGCUGGCAGUUGUCGCGUACAAUGCGCACAUUGUUCUGAAGUAUUUCUCUUCAAUACUCUGAAUAAUAGUCUCGCGCACUGUCCUCACUGUAAGAGAAAGUCAGUCGUAUUUUCCCUUUUUUAUUUUCUUCUUAUUCUUCUUUCUUCAAUUUCAAAUUUUCUGAUUUUAAUGUUGGAUCUAUUAUUUUUUUCUACAUUUGUCUUGAGCACUGUCCUGGGACCGGUAUGA